UUAGUACCCCGAAAUUCAAGGCUCGAAAUUUGCAUUUAUAUUCACUCUCAAACCAAUUCAGAAAUAAUUCGUUAUAUGCAGAAUUCGUGAACACUAGCUGCCUCACGAAGUGACUUCUGACUUGACUGGUAAAAUGUGCUCUAGAUGUAUGGAAAAGUGAAAUUCCUCCUGACAGACGAAACCGCGCAGUCGUCGUGCGCAGGAUUAAAUUGGGUCGAUGUGCGAAAGAUGGCGGCCGUUGCGUGGUGUGUGCGAUAAGAUUGCGGUUUGUAAAUCCGAAUAACGUGUCGAAUUAAUUGUUAAUAAUAUAAUUGAAAUUUGAAAAUGUGAUUCCUAAAAUAGCACGUAAAUCGACUCAGUAAAUUAUAACGAUGAAUGUUUCAUGAAAAUAAAAUUAUAGUUUGUUUACGAGGAGCUUGUGUAACACGACGAGAAUUGAAAAUCGUGUGGAAAAGUCAAACCAGAGUACCGAGUGUGUAAUUUUCAGUUUAGUUUAUACUAAAGACAUGCUGAAGCAAUUGCAAAUGGGGAUGAGAGCGUUCCUUCUCAUGGCUUCCCGGGUUUGGACCUGUGUCUGCUUUCUGCUAAAGAAGCAGGUUAGAGCCGUCUCGCAGAUGCAACCAGUUAAAUACGAAAUAUUUCCAUUGUCUCCUUUAUCUAGGCACCGACUCAGUAUAGUUAAAAGAAAGGUUCUAGUUUUGGACUUGGACGAGACACUGAUUCACUCGCACCACGAUGGGGUCGCAAGACCCACUGUAAGACCGGGUACACCACCUGACUUUGUGCUCAAAGUAACGAUAGAUCGCCAUCCAGUCAGAUUUUUUGUCCACAAAAGGCCACAUGUCGAUUUUUUCUUGGACAUUGUUAGCCAGUGGUAUGAGCUUGUAGUGUUUACAGCUUCAAUGGAGAUUUAUGGUGCAGCAGUGGCUGAUAAAUUAGAUAACAACAGAGGGAUUUUGAGACGAAGAUAUUACAGACAACAUUGCACGCCAGAAAUGGGCUCGUACACAAAAGAUUUGGCAGCUAUUUGCUCAGACUUAGCAUCUGUCUUUAUUUUAGACAAUAGUCCUGGAGCCUACAGAGCUUAUCCACAUAACGCAAUACCGAUAAAAUCUUGGUUUAGCGACGCGGGUGAUACUGCGUUGCUCAGCUUACUUCCAGUCUUGGAUGCCCUCCGGUUUACGCAGGACGUACGCUCUGUACUCUCUAGAAAUUUACAUUUACAUCAUACAUGGUAGCAUAACUCAGCCAAUCGAUCCCAUAGAAUAGAUUAGAAUUCAAACCGCUAACAGUCUAGUGUGUCUAGCGUAGAAUUAUUAUUAAUAAUUAAUAAUAAGAACGUUCAAACGCUAUCCAUGAAAUAAGACGACGAGUCUUGCCUCCUACUCCUCUUCUUUCUGUACUUAGCCGAUAAUAGGAAGUGCACGCAGCAGGGACUGUCAGCCGUUACCUACAUCAGCACAAUACAUUCUAAGAAUAUUUUUUCUGCUUUUAUUCACCUUAUUUACCUUCUGACCAUUGACUUACGGGAACCAGCAAUCAAGUUCUGCAUACAGAUAGAUCGCAGUUUUUUUCGGACUUCUAUCAAUCCUAUUGUUAUAAUUUUUUUCUAUUCCUAUAAACCUUCCCUUGAAUUUCACACGGAAAAACUGAUAUUUUUAGUUAUAUUUUAUAAUAGUAGACGUAUGUGGUAUACUAUGGUGAUCUGAGUGAUUGGAAAAACAACGGUACCAUAGAAAUGAACUCUGAACCACCGUAGUAUAAUAAUUAGAAACCCUGUACUAUGAAGAUCUAGCUGUAAGCUCACUGUAUCAGUGAGGCAGCUGUAUCCCGAUUAUACCUAAAGUGAUUAUGAAUAAUCCAACAAAGAGUAAUAAUAAAAAAAAAUUAAGCAAACAAAUUUCUAUUUGUUAAAAUUUUGUUGUACUCAGUCAGAAAGCUCCACCAAGUGAUAGCACUGGCAAACGACCCGAAGAACCAAUCGUGUAAUUUACAAUCAAUGAGAAAAAAAUAUUUCAUGGUAUAGAAAGAAAUCGAUGCACAUAGCUGUGUAUUUUAUUCGCGUAUCUAUUAAUAAUCUAAACAUAGUCAUAUUGCAUGGUUUGUACAUAUUAAAGCGCAAGGUGUGCAUGUAAAGAGUGAUUGUGCAUCUGAUUGCAUAUGAAUGCAGCGUUUGAUUGUGUUAUAAGUGAAGUAAUAUUAUAAAAUAAUUAUACUUGAGCUAUGAAUAUACAUAUAUACACACAAAUGUAUAUACAUAUAUAUGAUGGUACGUAUAGAUAUAUAAUUAUUAUUACAUUUAAUUAUAUAUUAUUUAGUAAUAAAUUCUUGAUGAUAGCAAAAAAAAUAACUGGGUAUAUAAAAAGACAUAACACAAUCGUGUGCGCCGGAUUUGAGUGUCAGCUGUUUGUUCUUGAAUAAACAACAAUUAUUCGAUAGUAAUAUCUGUUUUUAUUCGCUAAAUUCGGUAAUUCAUCGUAAUUAAUUUCAUGACACACUGACGGUAAUGAGUUUUUGUAAAAAAAGCCCCUUCAUAUUUUAUGUACAAAAUAAAAAUUGUUCAAUCAUCUAUAAAAUUAAUCUUAAAAAAUCUUACAAGGCUGAGGAAUGAUCAAUUUCAAUUAAUGCGAAAACUUUCACCUACUGAAUAUUGUACUCAUCAGUCUGCACUCGUCAUUUAAAAAAAAAAAACAAAGAAAUGUAUUGAUCAUUUCGCACUCUAAGAGUUUUCAAUAUUGAUUAUGAUGUAUAUUUAUAAAGACUAUGUUUCAUAUAAAUUGUACACACAACGACGCAUCACUGGCACUGAUAAUUCUAGCAAUGAAAUAUAAACGGAAGUUUGGUUGAUGCUGAAUCAA